AUGUUCCACAUAAUUUUGCUAUUGACCCUUUUCGGUCCUUGUGUUGUGGUUAAAGGAUUUAUGAAUACCGAAUUGGCUUUGAUCUUUUUUAGAGGGAAACAUUUAAAGCAUAAUGUGGUAUUGACUUGUAGUGAAAAGAAAGGGCAAGUUGAGAUAUUGAAGAAUCUCACCAAAGAAAAAGAUAUGGUAAUAUCUGUGAAAUUGAUUAAAAAUUUGGAUAUCCAUGGUUCAAUCGUAUUUGACUAUAAUAAAGCAGGAGUUGUGUUGGAUGUAGAUUGCGUAGGAGCCGAAGAACUACUUAUAAGGUCCAGAAGAUAUAGAGUCUUCGAUACAAAAACCUUUUGGUUAAUGCUUCAUAGCUCCAACAACUAUGGCCAUCUAUUCAGAUAUGUAAACCUGAAUGUAGAUUCUGACAUAAAAGUUGCUUAUCCAGCUAACGACUCAGAGAUCUCAAAUAAAAAGUACACAAUUGACGAUGUCUAUAAUCAGGCUUACGAAAAAGACGGAGAAUUUAAGUCUAAAGAAGCUGGAUUUUAUGAUACUCAAUAUGGUUAUCAGGUUUUAGAGAAGGAGAAUAAAUAUUUUGUGAGGCGGAAUUUAACUGGAGUCAAAUUUAGGUCGGCUGUUGUGGUACCAGACCCCAUUGACGGUUCCUUGGACGAUUAUUUGAGAAAUGAUAGGGACCUUGAGUUGAAUCCUUUAAAUCGAUUUCAUGCAAGACUCAUGCAAUAUUGCAGGGAUUAUUUAAAUUAUAGGUAA